AAGAAGAGAUGAGCGAGAGUCCACGGGAAUCUAUGUUAGGGGAUCAGCUGCCCGACGGAAGAUGGUUGCUGUUGUGAUAUCCGGAACCUUUCUGAUCGUCAUUCUAUCCAUCUAUCUAGCAUUGGCCCUAACCAACAAAGACCUUGGCCAAGAAAUCCACAUCCUCUUCAUCAUGGUGCUUCUCACCGUCACCAUCUUCUUCUGCCACUCCCUCAUCCGCCUCUGCAUGCUCAUGCUGCACCCGCCGAACGAACAAAGACAAUUCAUUCCUAACAUGCUCGGCUCCGAGGGCUUCCAACCUAUUGUCCCAAUCCGCGUCCACCUCCGCCGCGACGAAGAAGCCGCGCUAGAAAGCGACGCUCUAGAAAACGACACGGACAUUGACGACCCAGAGAAAAACAUGCCGCCCCCACCCCCACCCGCCUAUGGCCUCUGGCGCAGCAGCGUCCGCGUAGACCCAAACCUCAUCCACUGGCAGCGCGUCGACGCCCUCAGCGAGCGUGGCAGCGCAAUGUCGUCACAAAUGCCAUCGCGCGUGGGCUCCGUGGCCGAGCAAAUUCCUCCGCUACCCACUUCUUCGCGCGCGGCAUCCGCGGUAGCAGAGGGCCCACGACCCCCCUCGUACGUCUCCGAAGACGGAAUCAGUUACGUGGUUGAGGCUGCGCCGCGGUCUACCGUCACCAAUAACAAUCGCGAUAGCCACUCGGGAUAUAGUGAAAUACAUCCUGCGUGGCGGCCUGGCUACGCCAUGAGUGAAAUCAGAGGCGGCGAGUUGCCUGCGGUUGCGAAUUUUAGUAGACCGUAGAAAAAUGGUUUGAAAGAGUGAAACCAAAAAAUAUGUUUAUCUGUUCAUUUGCAUUUGCAUAAAAAACCUUCUGUUGUCGUUGUUUUUACUUCCUUUAUGCUUGUUCACAACAUUACCGAGUCCAAUGUUUUCCAUGUUUUUCUCUCUCUCUCUUCCAUCUCGUACUUGUGCUUUUCAAAGUAUUUCGCAUCUUUGGUUAUUUUUUCCCCCUGCUUUAGGAAUCAAGGUCUUAAUUUGAGCGUUUUCGCUGGUCCUUUUUUUUUCCCUUGCACUAGGACAUAUGGCAUUUUGCAUCUAUCUUUUUUUUUGGUACAUUCGCCAGCAUAAACAUCGUUUCGUUCGUUGUUGUUUUGUAAAAUCAAACGUACAUAAUAUGAGGGGGGCAUGUACACAUACACACGCGCACAUACGCUCAUCCAACAUACUCGAACAUAUACAACAAAGCAUUUACACACCCAGUUUUAGUCUCAAUCAAUCUUUGGGCAUAUUUGAA